AUGCGACACGUUUUGUUGACGAUUUUGAUCGUCUGCCCAUGUUCUUUUUUGAGCAUGGCAGAUGGCUCAAUUUCGAGUAUCAGCAUCAAUGUUCUCACUCUUACAUCGUAUACUACCGUCUCACCCACCCCUAUUAUCGUAACAUCCUCAGAAUUUGUGACACCAAUUGAUCAGAUCCCCGUCACCUUGACUUCUGCACUGAUCGUUAUUUACACAGUGUAUCCAGAAAAUGAGUCUCCGAUAAGAGGAACUGUAACUGAAUUUGCAUACCCUACAUAUCUUCCAUCGGUUGCUGCAACUCUUGCAACGUUAUCAACCAGCACUACGAGCCUUCCAAUCCCACGGACAACUGGUAGCUCAAAGACUACUAAGACUGAUAGUUCAAACACUGUUGAGAUUGAUAGCUCAAGCACUAUUGUCAAAAGCACUGCACCAAUAACAUCUUCCACUAGGUCGGCGAGUUCAACAAGUAAGCCAAGUAUUACACCAACCUCUUCUAAAACAUCGUCUUCGGCAAUAGCAACUGGCACAUUGGUAUCGACUCCACCAAACAACAAUGCUCAUAAAUCGAUGCUAGUUUUGGCAAUUAUAGUCCCAGCCAUCGUCGGCGCCAUCCUCGCUAUUGCUGCGCUUGGUUUCCUGGUAUGGUGGUUACGCCGACGUAAUUUGAAGAAGAAAGGCAAUAACGCUUCGAACUCCAUGGCAUUGAGACAACAUAUUUGUGAUAGAUAUAACCAAUGCGCAAACACAGGUAAUAGAGUUUCAUGCCCAGCACACAAUUCACGAAGCGAUCGUCUAAGUGUCUUGGACACGUUGGGCUUGACAGACAAAAAAUUGUGGCCAUCUUGGCCUUUCGGUGAUAAGAUGACAUUGGGUACUGGUGCUAUCAAAAAAGCUAUGAUGGGAGCUGCAGUACCAGUUUCUUCAACACCAUCACGACCAGUAAGAUCCUAUCAGCAUGAGUUGCAGUUUGUAACCAGUCCUCGACCAGCAGAACUUCCAGGCGAUCCUACAAUAUCUGAAAACAAAGGUUCGAUAGAACACCAGCCAAAAAGUGAGAAUGGUACAGUCGUCGCGCCUCCAAUCCCACCCAAGUCUCCAGAUAGGGACCUCAAGCUGUAUGGAAGAAAUGCCACUGGACAUACUCGAUCUGGGUCAGAGCCUGCAAAUGGUAAGAAGGGCAUCGAUAAUUCAUCAUUGCCACGGUGGUCAAACAUGGACGGUCAUCUGUCAAAACAGAGUUCUGAACUUCACGGAGCAGUCGUAUCCCCCUCUACGCCAACUACAGCAUGGCCACAUGGCAGCACCCCACAAGUUCUUGCGCCCGCGCUUCCUCAAGUUCAGAAAGAGUCGGCUACAACACCAGCAAAGGCAUGGGUCGAACCACCAUCACGAUUCUCUACUCCCUCAAAUAACUCUACUUCGCCCAAUGCAACUUCGAAUGACAGCGCCGACACCAGUCCAAAGCAAUGGGUUGAACCAGUUUCAAACCCCGCUACUGGAACUAGAAAUCGUGCGUAUAAUCCCAUCCCGCCUUCCCCAACAGAAGCCGAUACUCUACGUACUGUCGCAGAACGCGACAACACGUUGGCAAUGCUCGAGGGCCGUCAAAAAGCCCACGUAACUGGAAGCAUUUCUGGGAUCUUUGGUGGAAAUGAAAAUCUGAGACUCUAUAACGAAUCCGUAAAGAGAUCUAGAAGAAGAAGCGGCGACAGAAGAGCAGAGCUUCAAAGCAGGUUUCCAUUCGCAAGACCACCCGUACCAGGCACAGUAACAGAUGCUACCCAUGACGUCUCUUACACUUCAACCGAGGCAGGAACUUCGAUCCAGCGUGUUGACAAAGAAAAUGGACUCGGGGGUUGGAUGUGA